AAACCGAACUGCCGUUCCUGCUUCAGUCGUAUCAUGAUGGCGGCGGCGGUGAGACGCACGCUCCUCCUCCUCUCCCUUUUCGCCCUUUGCCUCGCCGAUUCUCCCUUCGACAGGAUCCUUGACGACGUCACGCCCUGCGAGGAGAGCUGUGCCACCUCCUACUCGCCCCACACUAAUCCUAGCAGUAGCAACAAUGAUGCCUGUGAGCGAGGCUGCCGAUUCUACACGAUCAGCGAAUUUGUCUCUGAUGGGCCAGGCCAUGGCAAUGCAGUGGACGGGAAGGACGCAAAUCCUGUAAAGACGACGUGUUACAAUUCUUGUGUUGAAGCCUACAAUGAAACUUCAGACAGCACAGUUGCCUGCAAGGCUGGCUGUGAUGCCCAGGAACGAACAUCACAGGAUAAAACUAAAGAAGAAGAAGAAGAGGAAAAACCAACCCUUCACCUAUUGAAGCCACUAAUGCAGAUGCAAGCUGUCUACUCCUCAAUUGUUGGCGCUGUCCACAUUGUGCGCACAUCUCUCGUCACAUACUUUGUGAGCGAUGACAGCUCCAUCGUGGCUGUUGAGUCGGAGCCAGAGAUCAUGCUGGAAAUCUUGCCUGAGGGAGUAGAUGGAGACUCACCUAUGCAGGGACUCCAGGCUGAGCCCAGGCAGUUGAUGAGUGACGAGGACUCCCAGGACCCAUCUGUGGUACGCUGUGUGUCUCGUCACCUUGGUGUUCCUCCUUACCUCCUCGUAGCUUCAGCUUUGGCCCUCGUCCUCUUCACACUGUAUGUGAUCUUUGCUGUCUGCACAACUGCUAGUCCACCAAAGACAAAAACUUUCAAGAAUGGACUGAGUGUCCAGGCUGACCCACUACCUCUGCCCAUCAAACUGGUUCGUCCGGAAGACCUUACCAAGCUCAGUCUUAUGGAGGAGGAGGAGCAGCAAGCACCUCCUCUGCCCACCAAGGUCAAGCUACCUGACACCGAGAUUUAGCCUAUUUCAUGGCAAGAUCCAUAGCAGCUGCCUUUAGGGAGUUUGCACUAUGGUAUUAAGCAUAUCAUUUCUUUGAACCUUUUUCUUCCUUUGCAUCUUUUAUAAUCUAAGAUACAACUGUCUUCUCACAUUUUGAGGAAUUCAUAAUAGAAAGGUUGACUGAGUUUACAUGUAUCUGUGACAUACAUGUACAGAUAUUAAUUAAACAAGUUUCCUGUUCAUAAUUCACUGUUAGAAGUAACUGCAUUUCAGUCAUUCAUGUUUUACCAGCACAUGGGGAUUGAGCUUAUUUCAGGUCUGUGAGCAGUAUAUCUUUUGUUGUUUAAUGGCUUUGAGAUGUUUUAUCCAUAUUGUAUAUAGUUGAGCACUGAGGGAAAUAGAAUAAAAAAUCUCCAUAUUGUAAACAUGAACAUUCACUACUUGCUCUUUUGACAUACCUUUAUGAACCCUAAAAAUGUGCCUUUCCAUAUUAGAUAGUUUUCAACAAUCAAGUUUUCAAAACUUGAAUACUUGAUCACACUCAAAUGGUUCAAAGCAUAAAAAAAACAAAAAAACUCAAACCUCUUAUUAAUGAGGCAUACCAACUAACCAUCUAUUGUCACUAGCUAGGUCUCAUAAUGUUUGGAGAGGGUUAAGUAUUUAAACAAAACAGGGAAGAUAGUUCUAUCUUAGAUUGUACUUUCAUCCACUCAUGUUUUUUAGCUUUAAGAAGUUUAGUUUCCUGUCUAGACUAUCUCCAGUGACAAAAAUGUUCCCAGAGCUUGUAAGGAACCUCAGUAAACCCUAUUUAAGCCAUAUAAAAGCAAAACCUCCUCCAUAUCUUUUCCAAAGACAUAGUUGGCCGUUUGAAGAAUCAUUAACCAGCUAUGGCCGAACGAUUUCCUUAGUUGUUGUAGAGAAAUGGUUAGGGAAAAGCUUUCUCAGAUAUACCUGUGUUGCUUGAUGACAUAUAAUCAUUGUUUGUUGUGUGUCUAAGUCUUUAUACAUUUAGAAACACUUGUGUGAUCAAAUAUACUAUCUUGUGAAAGCAUGAGAAUUGAUUCAGAAAAGCGCUGCUUAACAAUACAGUACUGCAUUAGCAUUUUAUUAUCAUGUGGAAACACUGAAGCACCUGCAUUUUUUUUUUUUUUUUUUUUUCUGUUUCCUUUUAUCUUUUUUCUUUUCAUUUUUUUUUCUUUUUUCUUUAUUUUAUUACUUGGAAGUUCUUAGAGUAAAUUUUUUCUUUUCUUCUUUUUUUUCGUGCUCACAGAUUAGAGAAAAAAAGGUUUAUUUUCAUUUUUCAGUUAAGAGAAGCACCUUGAAAUGAUUAUCUGUAGCAUUUCAGAGUGUUUGUAUAAAGAAUAGAGAGUGAGUGAGUGAUAGAGAAAUUUAAAUGUUGCAAAAAUAAAGGGGGGGGAUUCUCUGUACUUAAUUUUUUUCUUCAGGGCCUUUCCUCUAGCCUUUGUAGGGUUUGCCUUUUUCCCAUAGGCUUAAGCCAGUUUAUAUGUAGGUGCAAUAUUGACACCAUAUUUUGUAAGUUUGAUUAUGCCAAAACAAGUGUACUAGGGUAGGAUGCAGUUUUACAGUAUAUCCUAUUUACUUUUUCCUUUUUAUUAUUUUCUUUUCUUUUCUCUGUGAUUUAUAUGUAUAUCAGAUUUAUAUAUAUAUUUAUACUACAUUUGUUGUGCCACAUUUUUUUUUUUUUUUUCCUAUAAUCAUUAAUGGAAUCAUAUUAGUUUUGCAAAUACAGUAUGAUAUUGUAAUUCCAGGGGUUCAGUGGAUUUGCUAUUAAUAAAUAAUACAUAAUUU